CCCACACAAAAUACUCCUGCUCACAUGCACGCACACACUCACUGCACAUGCAUCGAGUGGAACAGAUCCACAGAGCUGCACAGUAGUAAGGCAAUGGGGUGUGAUUGAGUGAAGGGGGGUUAGAGAGAGGGAGGGAGAGAGAGAGAGAGAGAGAGAGAGAGAGAGAGAGCAUUUACUCUCCCUCUCUCCCCACUUAAGGAAAGCACCAGUGUGGAGAAGUUGCAUGAAGCGUGUGGUUCCAACUGAGGACUUUCUUAUCAGACCAUGGGAGCUAAGAAGUGGAGGUAGAAGAACAAGAAGAACAAGAAGAAGAAGAAGAAAGGAAAAAACCUCCCUGCUGGCUGAACAGGAGACCAGACUUUUAUCUGAGGGAUUACUGGACUGUUCAUAUAUGUGCUCGUGUCAUGGUGAUAUCCUACAUGAUCGUCUCUUGUUGACAGGAGCCUCUCUGUGUCUUGGAUUUCCCAAGGAUCAAAGUUUGUUUUCUGAGCUGAGGAGUGUGUGAAUGAAGUGUGCGGAAGCAGGAAACAUGUCAAACGGACGUUUUAGUCACCUGUUGAGGGGAGUCUGGCUGCUGUGGCUGUGGCAAGCUGUGUUUGUGGCUGGAACAGGGAGUAAACUAUGGGAGGUGCCCACAGGCUCCUUCACUUCCUCCUCCAACCACAGUGAGAGCCUGCAGUGGGAGCAGGACUGUCAGUAUCGCCACCUACAGGACAGAGUGAGGAUCACAGCAGACAUCCCCCCAAGACUGGACGGCACAUGGGUGUCAACAAGAUGUGAAGUUCGGCCCGGUCCAGAGUUCCUCACCCGCUCCUACACCUUCCACCCCAGCCGUCACUUCCAGGCCCUGCAGCACUACUACACAGACAGCGGCUGCGAGGACCCGACCUACUCCCUGAUUAUUAGGGGGAAGCUUCGUCUGCGUCAGGCGUCCUGGAUCACCCGCGGGGGCACCGAAGCUGAACACCAUCUCAGCAAGGUGGGCAUUGUGGUCCACAGCCUGGCAGCCAAGCAGAGGCUGGCCUCCAGGCCUCCUCCGACCUGUGUAGGUCUGACCCUGGCGCUGGGGAAGCCAUAUGAGCUGUACAACACCCGGGCAGGGAGGGGAUGUCUGGCAGCGCUGGGCUUCUCCAUGAUGGAGAUGGGACUGAUACGGGUGGAGACGCAGCACCACAGCCAUGGAGGGAAGGUCCAGGAGCUGCUCUUAGGGGAUAUUCACACUGACUGGACACAGAGGACUCAAUACAGACCGACAGGGUACCAACAGCCACUUCAGAACACCAUGCAUCACAUCCACCCUUGCCCUGUGUGCGCCCUGGUGUACCGCUCCUCAGAACAGCGCCCCCCGGUGUUGCCCCGCAGCCUUGCAGCUCCUCUGUCUCUGGCUGGCCGCUGGGUCAGCCAGCGCUGCGAAACCCGUCCCAACGUCCUCUUCCUCACCCGAGAAUUCUCCUUUAAUCCUGACCAACACACAUGGGAAGGUGUCUACCGGCACUACUCGGACCCUGCCUGCUCUCAGCCCACCUUCAAUCUGAGAGCCUCAGGCCACUACGCUCAGGGAAACCCCUCCGCCAAAGUCUCAGGAGCCACUGAGUUUGUUUUUAAGGUUACCCAGGUGAGAGUCACAGCUGUGGAGGAGCCCACAGCGAAGUUGCUGAAUGGGACAAGGCCCGGAAAGUGUGGUCGGGCAGGAGGCUGGGAGGUCGGGGUGGAGCAGGACUUGACCCCCACAGAUGGGUGCACCCUGCUGGGCAUCAAGCUGCCACAUAAGGAGUAUGAGCUCUUCAAGACUGAGCUGGAUCACAGGAAACACCCACUGCUGUUCAUCGGAGAGAGGCCGGCUGACGGGUCCAGUCCAGACCGACCACAGAGGAGGCCCACUUCCUUUCAGGCUCCCAUGGUGCUUUGCAGUGGGGGACACACACAGCUUUCACGUCACUAUGGUUCAGGUUUUAACAGCAAGCAAGUCCAGUUAGCAGCCAGUGGGACAGCGCGACUGGCACAGCUGGUGUUACUGGUGCUAGGAUCUGUGUUGUGUAGCGGGUUCUGUGUUUAUUAGAGACACUGUUCACGAAUCAAGCCUGAAGUCAUUGAUGGACAUUGUUUCCUGGCAGCUUUCUUUCACUCUUCCUCCAUAUGAUAAUGGCCAACAUGUGUGAUGGUCAAGAAACAUCAUCAGACACUCAGGAGAGAUGAAUAAUUUUUGAUAUCUGGCUUUCAGAUGCUGCCUGUAGGCUCACUUUAAUGACUCUUAACUUCAGCUGCAUUACUACCUAAAACUAAUCUGUAUAUAAACCACCAAUAUAUACAAGUGCCAUCACUUCAGUAUGUAAAAUAUAUAAAUAUAUUCUUUUAUACCGUCUUUCUUUUGUAUAAUGAUCAGAUGUUCUCACUUCACAGAUUAAUUAUUACUUUUGCAUAUUUCUGUGUAAAUGCAGUUUUCUUGUAAUGCCAAUUGUUACAAAGCAAGAUUACAGUGUUGAAAUGUGGAUCAGUUAUUUCCCCAUCAAUUUGAAAGCCAUGGACUUUCCAGCGGACUUCACACAAGAGCUCAUUUUCAUCCAAGAUGCAGUAUAACUAAUGUACUUUGUAAAGAACAUUGUUUCCUCGACACGCUGGAGAAAAAACAAGCUGGAAAGUGGGACAUUUGUAAUCAGCACUCUUAAUAGCUGCCAUCGUCGUUGGUCUAAUGCCACUGUGGUGUGAAAUGUUGAUUUAUCGCUAUCCUCUGUCAAAGCUUGUGUAUUAGUCUGCUUUUCCAUCAGCAGUCAAACAAAUCAAAUUAAUAUUUAUUUUAAUCGUUUAUACUGUACUUUUUGAUAAGAAAAAGAUUUUUGGUAUAAUAUUUUAGUUAGUUUGGCCAUUUAAGAAGUGAUUAUUUUCUAUGUAUAUUAAAAAUGGCUUUUCAUAA